CACAGUACUCAAACUUACACGUUUCAAAAGAACUAUUCCCCUUUUUAUUUAAGAAUGUAAUAGUUGGUUUAGUUCAACCGGAAUACGUCUACCAUGUAAUUAAUGCUCAUGGGGAUGGUGCUACAACUUUAGCAGCAAACUUGGGCUAGAAUGACUAAAGCAAGACAUGACUGCCUUCUCGGUGCACGAAUGCGUUAAAAUUCAGCUUCGGCAGUCCUCCCUAAAUCCGAAAUACUUCGGAUGCCUAAUUAAAUGGGGGGCGUGCUAGCUCCAUUUCAGCACAGUACUUUUGUGAAACGUGUUGUUCACCCAGUACAGCAGGAAGAAACCUCUUGCUGUGUUUUAAGUCCUAGCUGUCUAACACAGCAUAACGAGUGCUCCCAGCUUUGGCUGCAUGCUAUACUCCGGACACUUCUUGCAUCAGUCAGCGUUUGCAUUCGAGCUGACUUUAACACAAAGCAAUAAGCAAUGGGAAUAUGGAAAACGCGGAGAGCUUGCCGAGGGUGAUUCUGGUUGUGCUGCCACCGACUUCCCAUUGUCCACGUAAAACUAACGUUUCCACGCUGAAGCUAGUGCAGCCCCGCAGGUUUCUGUCAACGGGUUAGGAGGGCGACUGCACAUAGCAUUCUGGAGCUCUGACUGUCAAACGUUACUGGCAGAGCUGCACCCACCACCUGGUCUUGUCUAGGGAGUAAAUUGCUGGAUCUUUUGCUGACUCUUCCUUAAAUCAAGACUUUUUCAGAACGGUGUGUCCUUUUAACCAAGGGGAAAAACGUAUCUGUAUAGUAGCUUAAGUAGUGUUACAGGACCUAGUUGCAGUCUGAUCACCAGAGUUUUUGGACAAACGAACUGGACAAACGGUCUACCAGGAAAUUGUGUAAAGUUAGGAAUAAAUGGCUCAUCUUUUUAGCCGACAGUCUUUUACUGCAUAUUUUGUGGAAGGGGUCAAAUUCUGUAAUAUAUAGCGGCACUGUCCCCGCCGCUGUAAGAAGAUAAGGAUGCCAAUUCCAUUAUAAUGUGUAAUGGAAAACUUCAGGAAAGUAAAGAAAACAGAAGAGGACUGUCCCCUUCCUUUUGAGAGUCUACCUCCUGGCGUGGUGGAAAUGAAGGUUAAAGAGGGGAGUAAGAUACGAAACCUCAUGAGUUUUGCUAUGUCGAGGAUGGAGUCAGAAGGCACCAUGCACAUUGUUUUUAGUGGCUCUGGCCGGGCAGUCACCAAAACCAUAACUUGUGUAGAGAUCAUGAAAAGAAAACUAAAGGGACUUCAUCAAAUUACCAAACUGAGAUACAAAACCAUGCAAGAAGUGUGGGAGAACAAGAUGCAACAGGAGGGUAAGCCGGACAAGCUAACUGUACACAAAAAUAUCCCAUCUAUCUGCAUAUUACUAUCUAAAGACCCUCUAAACCCUGCAGAAGCUGGCUACCAGCCUCCACAAACAGAAGAUUGUCUUUGGAAAUAUGAAGAACUGGCUGAAGACCUGCCCGUUUCCAACAAGAAAGGACUGAAAAGACCUAAUCAAAAUCACAGCGAGGAACUGAUUUACAAAAAAUCUUACAGGGAAGAUAACCAGAUAGACCCGAAAAGUUUUAACUGUAAAUUACAUUAUUCUCACUAAACUACAAUCUAAGUAUUUAUGCAUUCAACAUGCUUUUUUAUUCAAAUUUUAAACUGAUUUAGCUAAAACACAUUGUGAUAUUUUCAAGAUUCCCAGGAACAAGAAUGCAAAGCAACGAUUCAGUUGUUUCUAGUGAUUCUUGUCUUAAUACAGCGGAAAACCAGAAAGGUAAAUUUCCAGAUUAGUUGAGUUUGGUGAGUACUUAACUAAACCAUUUUGUUCGGUUUGAAAAUCAAGAUGCAAACGCUGUAAAGUUGUCAAUUAAGUCGCUGUCCGUUGUGCUGAAUGUCGCCUAAUUCAGUACUUGUACCUUUAAAGUUGUUUCCUUUAAAUUUGCAAGCUAAACACUAACCCCAUUUCUUGAAAAAUGUUGACUAGUAUAUUAAACUGUGCAAUGAAUAAACCCAAUGCAAAACAUCA